GUCAUUAGCUAAACUGGCUUUGAACAGCUGCUAAAGGGAAACUUGAUCUUCUAUGAGGAAGAUCUGAAAGAGAGCGGCAUCGAUGUCAGUGGAGCCUCAGUGUGUUCAGGAGUGUUCACAGAGAUCUUUAAACAGGAGCGAGGGAGGAAAACCAAGGACAAGAUGUUCAGCUUUGUUCAUCUGAGCGUUCAGGAGUUUCUGGCUGCUGUUCACAUGAUGCUCUGUUGCAACAAAGGAAGGAUGGAGGAACUGCAGAACUUCCUAUACACCUCCAAUGCUGCUUUGGAUGAUGUCAUGAGUAGAACCAUGAAGAAGUCCCUCCAGAGUCCAAGCGGCCACCUGGACCUGUUUGUUCGCUUCCUUCAUGGCCUCUGUGUGGAGUCCAACCAGAGAAUCUUAGGAGGUUUGCUGGGUCACACAGAGAUCAGUCCAAAAACCAUCCAGAGAAUCAUCUACAACCUGAAGGACAUGAACAGUGAUAGAAUCUCUCCAGACAGAGGCAUCAACAUCUUCCACUGUCUGAUGGAGAUGAACGACCACUCAGUCCAUCAGCAGAUCCAAGAGUUCCUGAAGUCAGAAAACAGAUCAGAGGAACUCUCCUUGAUCCAGUGCUCAGCUCUGGCCUACAUGCUGCAGAUGUCAGAGGAGGUUCUGGAUGAGCUGGACCUGAACAAGUACAAUACGUCAGAGGAGGGACGACAGAGACUGAUCCCAGCUGUGAGGAACUGCAGAAAGGCUCAACUUUCUGGCUGUGGACUCACAGAGACUCACUGUGAAGUUGUGGUCUCAGCUCUGAAGUCCAACCCGUCACAUCUGACACAUCUGGACCUGAGUAACAACAACCUGCAGGACUUAGUGCAGGUUCUGUGUGUUGGACUGAAGAGUCCUCACUGUCGACUGGAGACUCUGAGACUGAGUGUGUGUGACCUGUCAGAGAGAAGCUGUGAAGCUCUGUCCUCAGUUCUCAGCUCUCAGUCCUCUAGUCUGAGAGAACUGGACCUGAGUAACAACAACCUGCAGGAUUCAGGAGUGAAGCUACUGUCUGUGGACUGAAGAGUCCUCACUGUCGACUGGAGACUCUCAGGUCAGGAUUCAUGAAGCUAAAGAUCAUCUGAGAAAUGUGCACAACACUCACACUCACAUUGUCUGUAAAGUCCUUUAAUGAGCUCAAACUACAGAACCAAGUUAUUAAACAGGCAGGAAGUCUAAACUGUGGAGGAUCAAAUAACUCUUCACAUUUCUGUGUAAACUCUUUAAUCACAUAUAUUAAAUGAGAUGUGAAGUGAUUUCAACUCCUCCAUCUUUGUUUUACUGGUUGUUCACCAGCUGUGUCAGUGUGUGACAGAUGAUCAGAUCACAUUUCAAGUAGGGACCUAUUAAACAGUUCUUAGUGUUUCUCUCCACUGUAGAUGAUCAAAUGUGCCUCUAAUCCAAACUGUAGUAUGUAAGUGCAAUGACAUGUAUAGCCGGCUGUCAUCGCUCCACCGCUGGUUGUCUAGGUGGUGUCCUGCAAACGGUGUGGGCUUUGUGGCUAAUUGGAGCACUUUUUGGGGAAAACCUGGGCUGAUUAGAAGAGACGGCGUCCAUCCCACGUUGAACGGAGCCUCUCUGCUUUCUAGUAACAUGGCCAUGUUGCUUAGUCUCCCCACUCCGUGACAACUCAGAGUGGAGCCCAGGACGCAGAGUCGCAGUCUCUCACGCCUCUCUGCACGUUCUCUACAGCCGCCAGCCACUCUUAGUCUUAGUUACCGCAUAGAGACUGUGUCUGCUCCCCGACCACCUAAACUAUACAAGUCACAAACAAAUCAAAGAGGAGUGACUUACCAGAAAUUAAUAAACAUCAAAACAGUUCCUCUUACAGAACAAAGUAACAGUAAGUUAAUAAAAUGUGUUUUAUUAAAUUAUUAAAUUAUUCUGUUCUGUCUCACUGAAACCUGGCUGCAGCAGGAUGAAUAUGUUACUUUAAAUGAGUCGACUCCAAAGAGUCACAUUAACCAUCAUGUUCCAAGAAGUACAGAUAGAGGCGGAGGAGUAGCAGCAAUUUAUAACUCAGAUUUAUUAAUUACUCCUAAAUCUAAAAUAGUAGUUAUAGUUAUAGUAGUUAUAACUCAUUUGAGAGCCUCACUCUAACCUUUCUCACCCAGACUCUAAAACUCAGAAGCCAGUUGUGUUUUGUAUUGUUUACCGUCCUCCUGCUCCAUAUUCGGAGUUCUUAACUGAAUUCUCUGAAUUCUUAUCUGACUUAGUUCUUAGCACAGAUAAAGUCAUUGUAGUGGGAGACUUUAACAUUCAUGUAGAUGUUGACAGUAACUGUCUCAGCACUGCUUUUGACUCCUUAAUAGAGACUGUUGGUUUUACUCAGCAGGUAAAUGAACCCACUCAUUGUUUUAACCAUACCCUCGAUCUUGUCCUGACAUAUGGGGUUGAAAUUGAUAAUUUAAUAAUUCUUUCCCAAAUGCCUCCGUUAUCUGACCAUUUCUUAUUAUGAAUUUAGCAUAGUUGACCUUACAGCAGCUAGAAAAAAUUGUUACUAUAGUAGAUGCUUAUGUGACAACGCUGUUGCCAGAUUCAAGCAGAUGAUUCCAUCAUCUUUUGCCUCAUUAUCUUGUAGCUGCACAGAGGAGAACAGUCACCUUAAUCCUUAUGAACAGGUUGACUGUCUUGUAGAUGAUGCUGCAGCUUCUCUACGUACAGUACAAUGUUAGACACAGUGGCUCCUCUGAAGAAAAAGGCAGUAAAUCAGAGGAGGUUAGCAUCAUGGUAUAACUCAGAUCUGCAGCCUAAAGCAAAGGACUAGACAACUAGAACGGCAGUGGCGUUCCAACAAAACUGCAAACUGGAAGGACAAUCUAAUAAUAUAUAAAAAAGCACCUUGUGCUGCUAGAAAAACAUAUUAUUCCUCCCUAAUUGAGGAAAACAAAAACAACCCCGGGUUUCUUUUCAGCACUGUAGCCAGGCUGACAAAGAGUCAUAGCUGUGUUGAGUCUACUAUCCCCUUAAAUCUCAGCAGCAAUGACUUUAUGAACUACUUUACUAAUAAAAUUAUCACCAUUAGAGAAGACAUUCAGCAGCAACUUCCUCCAAAUGACAGAAAGCACUGUCUAGAUCCAUCAACUUUAAAUUUACCAAAUCCUCUGUCUUACCUAGACAGCUUCUUCCCCAUAACUCAUAUGGAGUUAAGCUCAAUAAUCAACUCUUCCAAGUCGUCAACUUGUCUUUUAGACCCAAUCCCAACCAGAUUACUCAAAAAAGUUCUACCUUUUAAUCAGAUCGUCCAUAAUAAAUCAAAUCAACCGAUCUUCACAUUUAGGCUAUGUACCACAGGCUUUUAAGGUAGCUGUGGUCCGACCUUUAUUGAAAAAAACUUACUCUGAACCCUGGAAAACUUGUCCGGAUCCUGGGCUGGCUCUGCCAGCCAUUAUGGUUUUACCCUGGACAACACCCUCUCCCUGACCAUGCCCACUAUCUCUCUUUCCCUCUGGCAAUCAGCCCAACUUGCCACACCUGUGCUUCCCCUCUGCCUCACUUGAGAGAUUCCUGCAGCCCAGCGCUCGGUGCUGGAUCAUUAUCACCUCAUCACCCCAUGCUGGUAAUGUCAGGUUGGUUACUGCUUUGAACUGUUGAUGGGCUCGGUUGCCGGACGGUCACGCGUAGCUUGGCAUUUAAGAAGUGCAAAGGCAUCCAACUGGUGUUUCACGUUUUGCAGUAGCCUUCGUUGUUCAUGCCAUGCUUUAGUCUUGUCGUUCAGGCCAUGCGUUAGUCUUUUUGAUAUAACAUUUGCAUUUGAUAUAGACAAUCAUAACAUUUUAUUACAGAGAAUAGAACAUAGAAUUGAAAUUAAAGGUACAGCCUUGGGCUAGUUUAACUCCUAUUUAUUCAUGUUCAAGUUAAUGCGUCACGGUUUACACAAUGUUCCUGUUUUAUGUUGAAAGUACUUCCGUUUCUGGUCAUAUCAUGUUAGUUUCCGCUUAACUUCCGGUCCUCAGUUCACACACCUGUUUGCUAUCUGUAAUCACUCACCUGCAUUUAAGCACCCAUAGUCACCUGUACCAGUUGGCAGAUCGUUGCGUGUACUCACCACUAUCCAGCGUUGCCUUACCGUGCUUGCAUCCGACCUCAAGCCUGUUCCUGACCAUCGUUUCCUGAGUUCUGCCUGAUCCUUGUCUGUAAUCGUAGCCCUGUUUGCCUGGUAACGAUCUCGCUUGUUUUCGACCUGAUUCUGUCUUGCACCCAGUCUGUACCGUAGCAGAGUCUGCCUGUGAACAAACCCUGCUUGUUUUUUGACCUGAGCCUGCCUGCACCCAGUCUGUAUUGUCACCGAGCCUUACCGUGUAUGACCCUGCCUGAACUGACCUUGCCUGAGUAAGAAUAAAGACCGUUUUAUUUUACCCAACCCUGUCUGGAGCUGUGCAUGUGGGUCCGCCACCUUAAACGCACUUGACAAUGUGCAUGUUAUG